AUGCAUUUAGGAGCCCACAGGACAAGGCGUGGAAAGGUCUCCCACACGGCAAAAACGAAAUUGCUUCUCCAUUUUAUUGUGCUAUGUGUGGCAGCGGGUGCUGUUCAUGCACAAGAACAAGGCAUAGACAUUCUUCAUCAACUAGGCCUUGGAGGCAAAGAUGUAAGACACCUAUCAUCAGUGACUGCUGUACCAUCAUCAUCUACACCAUUACCUCAGGGGGUCCAUUUAACAGAAUCAGGUGUCAUUUUAACUAAUGAUACUUACAUUGAGUCACCUCUUUUGAAAGUUCUACCAGUCAACUUAGAACAGCCAUUUACAAUAUUAAUUGGGUUGCAGUCCCAUAGAGUAAACAAUGCAUUUCUCUUCAGCAUUAGACAUAAAAAUAGACUGCAAUUAGGAGUGCAAUUAUUACCUAAAAAAUUAGUAGUAUACCUUGGAGGAAAGCAGUCUGUAUUUUUCAACUACAUUGUUCACAAUGAGCGAUGGCACUCAUUUGCCAUUACUGUUAGAAACCAAGUUGUCUCAAUGUAUGUUGAGUGUGGAAAGAAAUAUUUUAGCAGAGAGACUCUUUUGGAAGUUCAGACUUUUGAUCCUAACAGUGUGUUUACCUUAGGAAGUAUGAAUAAUAAUUCUGUCCAUUUUGAAGGAGUAGUAUGUCAGUUGGACAUUAUUCCUUCGGCAGAAGCAUCUGCAGAUUAUUGCAGAUAUGUGAGCCAGCGUUGUCGCCCUGAGAUAAACCUUCUUCAUACAACCGUUGUAUCAGCUGAGAUACUGGAAAACUCUCCUUUGCCCAGACAAUUUGGUGAAAAAGUGGUGUCAGAAGACACAUUUACCAGAGGCAAAAGCAUCCCAAAUAUCAUAAAUAAUGAACCUGCAACAGUCCGUAAACAACAAGGACACCAGAUAUCAAAGGCUCAGUCAAAGUCUCUUCAUUCAAGCAAUGUCUCUGCUGUGGAUCUUGUAAACCAUGGAAUUCAGGCCAAAGAAAUGAUCACUGAGGAACAUACUCAGACAAAUGUAAGCCUGUCAGUGACCCGUCAUCUCAAUAAGGCAAGAACAAAUAGCAAGGAGAAAUUUAGUUCUCUCCCAAAUGUGUUUGACAAUAUCACACAACAUAAUGAUAGAGUAACUGGUUUGUCACCAUUUAAGAAGAUAUCAUCUGUUCUUCCACAUAUGAAACAAGAAACAAUUACUGAUCUCAAGAAGGCUAUCACAGCAAAUCUACACACUAAUGAACUCAUGGAAUUACAACCGAUUUUAAACACAACCUUAUACAGAGUGACAGAUGAACCAGCUGUGGACAAUCACCUUGACCUGAGGAAAGAAGGUGAAUUUGAUCCUGAUGCUACCUACUCCAUCGCAAGUAGCUAUGAGACUGACCUUUAUGAUUAUUACUAUUAUUAUGAGGAUCUUAAUGCAAUGCUCGAAAUGGAGACACUAAGAGGGCCAAAAGGGGACACUGGACCUACUGGUCCACCGGGUCCAGCAGGUAUCCCAGGUCCCUCAGGAAAGAGAGGUCCACGGGGCAUACCAGGGCCACAUGGAAAUCCUGGGUUACCUGGAUUACCAGGUCCAAAGGGCCCCAAAGGAGAUCCAGGAUUUUCCCCUGGUCAAGCUGUACCUGGAGAAAAGGGGAAUCAAGGCCUUUCUGGAUUAAUGGGGCCCCCUGGAAUGCAAGGUGAUAAGGGACUCAAAGGCUAUCCAGGGCUCCCCGGACUCCAAGGUGAACCAGGAAUUCCAGGAUUCACUGGUAAUAUUGGUGUACGUGGUUACCCUGGCAGGCAGGGUUUAGCUGGACCAGAAGGUAACCCAGGCCCUAAAGGUGUACGAGGUUUCAUUGGCUCUCUUGGAGAAGUAGGACAACUAGGACCUGAAGGAGAAAGAGGUGUUCCUGGGCUCCGGGGAAAGAGGGGUCUUAAGGGAAGACAGGGUUUUCCAGGUGACUUUGGAGACAGAGGCCCUGCUGGCCCUGAUGGCAGUCCUGGACUUGUAGGUAGCAUUGGUCCUCCGGGAUUUCCUGGGCUUAGAGGCAGUAUUGGCCCUAUUGGACCAGUUGGACCUUCUGGAAAUCCUGGCCCAAUGGGUCUUUCCGGGAAUAAGGGCCUACCUGGAAUCAAAGGUGAUAAGGGUGAACAAGGCAUUACAGGGGAGCCAGGAGAAUUAGGGUAUCCUGGAGACAAGGGUGCUGUUGGUGUUCCAGGACCACCAGGGAUGAGAGGAAAGCCAGGACCUUCAGGCCAGAUCGGUGACCCAGGACCCCAAGGACCAUGUGGACCUCCGGGACCAGAGGGUUUUCCAGGAGAUAUUGGGAUUCCUGGACAAAAUGGCCCUGAAGGAUCAAAGGGACUCCUUGGAAAUAGAGGACCUCCUGGACCUCCUGGUCUCAAAGGACUUCAGGGAGAAGAAGGACCAAUUGGACCCUUUGGAGAACUGGGGCCAAGAGGAAAACCAGGUCAAAAGGGUUUUGCAGGUGAACCAGGACCAGAAGGCUUAAAGGGAGAAGUAGGAGAUCAAGGAAACAUUGGAAAGAUUGGUGAAACAGGACCUGUUGGUUUACCUGGAGAAGUUGGGACUACUGGAAGCAUUGGUGAAAAGGGAGAACGGGGAAGUCCAGGUCCACUAGGUCCCCAGGGAGAAAAGGGUGUUAUGGGAUAUCCAGGUCCUCCUGGGGAUCCAGGACCCAUUGGUCCCCUGGGAUUACCGGGUCAUGUGGGGGCAAGAGGACCACCUGGGAGUCAAGGUCCUAAAGGACAAAGAGGACCAAGAGGACCAGAUGGUCUCUUAGGGGAACAAGGUAUACAAGGUGCCAAGGGUGAAAAAGGAGAUCAAGGAAAAAGAGGGCCCUAUGGUCUUAUCGGUAAGACUGGAAACCCUGGAGAGAGAGGAGUUCAAGGGAAACCAGGUUUACAAGGACCCCCUGGGAGUACAGGAGAAAGAGGACUUGAAGGAGAACCAGGACCACGAGGAUUGCAAGGUGAUGCUGGACCUCCUGGAGAAAUGGGUGCUGAGGGACCUUCAGGUAUUGAGGGUGAAUCUGGUCUGCAAGGCGAACCAGGUGCAAAGGGAAAUGUUGGACAUGCAGGCAAUGCUGGAGUUGCUGGAGAACCAGGGUUACGGGGUGAACCAGGAGCUCCCGGAGAAGAAGGUCUCCAAGGGAAAGAUGGCUUAAAGGGGAACCCAGGAGGAAGGGGUCUUCCUGGAGAAGAUGGAGAAAAAGGAGAGACAGGCUUACCAGGGGCUUCAGGACCCUUGGGUAGGACAGGUCUAAUGGGCUCUCCGGGACCUGAAGGAAUUGUGGGAAUUCCAGGACAAAGAGGUCGUCCCGGGAAAAAGGGUGAUAAAGGACAAAUAGGGCCCACAGGAGAAAUUGGAAGCAGAGGUGCUCCUGGACAAAUGGGGGAAAGUGGUCCUAAGGGUGCCAGAGGAACUAGAGGUGCUGUGGGGCCUUUAGGAUUGAUGGGACCUGAUGGAGAACCAGGAAUUCCAGGAUAUAGGGGCCAUCAGGGUCAACCAGGACUUUCUGGCUUGCCAGGACCUAAAGGAGAAAAGGGUUAUCCAGGAGAAGAUAGCACAUUAUUGGGACCACCUGGGCCUCGAGGUGAACCAGGUCCUGUUGGGGAACAAGGAGAGAGAGGAGAGCCUGGAGGAGAGGGCUAUAAGGGUCAUGUGGGUUUACCGGGACCAAGAGGUGCUGCUGGACAACAAGGGCCCCCAGGUGAGCCAGGUGACCAGGGUGAACGAGGACUAAAAGGAGAGAGAGGAUCUGAAGGUCCUAGGGGGAGAAAAGGAGCUCCUGGUCCUUCUGGGAAACCUGGGAUUCCUGGUCUUCUUGGCCUACCUGGGCCAAAAGGCAUGCAAGGAUACCAUGGAGCCGAUGGCAUUUCAGGAAACUCUGGAAAAGUUGGGCUACCAGGAAAACAGGGACUUCCUGGCAUGAGAGGCAGCCCAGGAAGAACAGGACUGGUUGGGUCUCCAGGUCCUCGAGGAGCCAAGGGGUCAUCAGGCCUCCCAGGAAGCCCAGGGGUCCCAGGCCCAAAGGGUGAGCAAGGGCUACCUGGUCAACCUGGAAUUCAAGGUAAAAGAGGUCACCGAGGAGCACAAGGUGAUCAAGGACCAUGUGGAGAGCCUGGUCUGAAAGGGCAGCCUGGAGAACAUGGUGUUCAAGGUUUGACAGGUUUCCAAGGAUUUCCAGGCCCCAGAGGUCCUGAGGGAGAUGCUGGCAUUGUUGGAAUAUCAGGUCCUAAAGGUCCUAUUGGACAGAGAGGAAACACUGGCCCCUUUGGCAAAGAAGGUAUAAUAGGCCCAACAGGUAGAACUGGACCCAGAGGUGAAAAAGGCAUUAGAGGUGAAACUGGUCCCCAAGGGCCACGAGGUCAACCAGGACCUCCAGGUCCACCUGGAGCACCAGGCCCAAGGAAACAAAUGGAUAUCAAUGCUGCUAUUCAAGCCUUGAUUGAAUCACAUACUGCCCUACAGAUGGAGAGCUACCAGAAUACCGAAGUGACUUUAAUUGACUACAGUGCAGAGAUAUUCAAAACCCUGAACUACCUUAGCAAUUUACUGCACAGCAUCAAGAACCCUCUUGGCACCCGAGAUAACCCAGCACAAAUCUGUAAAGAUUUGCUUAACUGUGAACACAAAGUAUCAGAUGGAAAAUACUGGAUUGAUCCAAAUCUCGGAUGCCCUUCAGAUGCCAUUGAGGUUUUCUGCAAUUUCAGUGCUGGUGGUCAGACAUGUUUAUCUCCUGUUUCUGUAGCAAAGUUGGAGUUUGGAGUUGGAAAAGUCCAGAUGAACUUCCUUCACUUACUGAGCUCAGAAGCCACCCAUAUCAUCACCAUUCACUGUCUAAACACACCAGUGUGGACAAGUGCUCAGCCAAAUGGCUCGGGAUUAUCUAUUGGCUUCAAGGGAUGGAAUGGCCAGAUUUUUGAAGAAAACACUCUACUUGAACCUAAGGUGCUUUCUGAUGACUGCAAGAUUCAAGAUGGCAGCUGGCAUAAGGCAAAAUUCCUUUUUCACACCCAGGACCCUAAUCAGCUUCCAGUCAUUGAAGUACAAAAACUUCCUCAUCUCAAAACCGAAAGGAAGUACUACAUUGAAAGCAGUUCUGUAUGCUUUCUCUAA